CCGGUCUCCAUUGGAGUUCCUCAAGGCUCCGUCUUGGGACCACUCCUGUUUGUGAUCUACGUCAACGACCUCCCAGACGUUCUUGCGAGUCCAUGUUUACUUUUUGCGGACGACUUGAAAUCCUGGAGUUCCAAUGCCAGCGCCCUCCAAAUGGAUGUAGACGCUGCCAAGCAGUGGUCGUUGGACUGGCACCUUCCUCUGAAUGAUGAAAAGUGCGUCCAUAUGUCGCUUGGAGGGGAUUCAGCGAAUGAAUUUGUUAUGCAUGGUGAAAAGGGACCAGAAAGUAUCAUGAGGAUAGAUGCCAAAAAAGAUUUCGGCAUCUGGCUCUCCUCAAACUUUUCCUUCUCACUACAUCAUGAGAAAUCGGCCCAAAAGAUUAGUACAGCCACAAAUCUCGUUGUGUCCCUUGCUGUCGCCGUGACAAAUCCAGGCUUCAAAACCCUCAUCAUGCCGUUCAUGCAGCGCCGUGUUUAUAAGAUGGACAAAAUGCAGAAGGCAGAGGAACGCAUUAAAGCUAACCCUUGGGACAUUGAAGCCUGGAGUGUGUUGCUGCGGGAUGCACAGAGUAAGAAGGUGGAGGAUGCGAGGGAUGUGUUUGAGCGUAUUGUGAACCAGUUUCCAUUCGCUGGACAGUACUGGAAAAUUUACAUUAAUCAGGAGAUGAAAGCCAAAAAUUUUGAACGUGUGGAGAAGUUAUUCCAGCGUUGUUUGGUAAAAAUCCUGAACAUUGAUUUGUGGAAGCUGUACCUACAAUACAUUAAAGACACAAAAGGGAAACAUCAUGCGUUCAAGUAUAUUAUAUUCGCUCAUUGUAUUUUCAUUUUCACUAGAGAAAAGAUGGCACAAGCGUACGACUUCACCCUCGACAAAAUGGGCCUAGACUUAAAUUCCUAUUCUAUUUGGGCGGACUACAUAUCGUUUCUGAGGUCCACACAAGUACAAGGGUCGUAUGCCGAAAGCCAGAAAAUCACAGCAACCAGACGCGUCUAUCAACGGUCUAUUGUCACCCCUAUGCUCGGCAUAGAAACCAUUUGGCGAGACUACUGCAUGUACGAAAAUUCCAUCAACCCCCUUAUUGCGAAGAAAUUCACCGAAGAGCGAAGCCGUGACUACAUGAACGCUCGGCGUGUUGCGAAAGAAUACGAAGUGAUAACCAAGGGACUCUCGAGGAAUAUGCCGUCUAUCCCCCCGCAGAACACCCCAUAUGAAGCAAAGCAGGUUGAACUUUGGAAGAAGUAUAUUCAGUGGGAAAAGGACAAUCCACUUAAAACAGAAGACAUUAUCACAACUACAAAACGCGUUAUGUUUGCAUACGAACAAUGCCUGCUUUGUCUUGGCCAUCAUCCGGAUAUUUGGUACGAGGCUGCUAGUCACUUGGAACACGCAAGCAAAGUUUUGAUGGAAAAAGGAGAUCAAACGACAGCCCGACAGUUCGCCAACGAGACGGCUUCUAUGUACGAAAGGGCUAUCGCCCUUCUGAAGACCAAUAUGAUGUUAUACUUUGCUUAUGCUGACUACGAAGAGGGGCGAUGCAAGUUUGCCAAGGUUCACUCCAUCUACAAGAAGUUGAUAUCUUUGGAAAACAUUGAUCCGACUUUGCCUUACAUUCAAUAUAUGCGAUUCGCCCGGCGUGCCGAAGGAAUCUUGUCAGCUAGACACGUGUUUAAACUUGCUCGAGAUGACUCUCGAAUCAGUUACCAUGUAUACUGUGCUGCCGCAUUUAUGGAGUAUUACUGCAGCAAGGACAAAGAGAUUGGACACAAAAUUUUCGAAUUGGGAAUGAAACGGUUCGGUGGAAAUGCGGACUACAUCCUAUGCUAUGUGGACUUCAUGACCCAUCUGAACGAAGACAAUAAUAUACGUGUCCUUUUUGAACGUGCCCUCGGCUCAAACCAAGUCGCUUCUGAACGAGCCAGAGUCAUUUGGGCACGAUUUCUGCAAUUCGAAUCCCAGGUCGGUGAUUUAGCGAGUAUACUAAAAGUCGAGAAGCGGCGAUUGCAAGCAUUGGAAACCGUCAAAGAAGUGUCCAGACUCGAAAGUGCUCUGCUAAUCGAUCGCUAUCGGUUCCUUGAUCUGCUACCUUGUUCUGAUUCGGAACUGAAAUCUCUGGGCUACCGGGAACUGGCUCGAUUCCAGUUUGCGGGGUCUGGACGUGGCUACGAUGAGUUCUUUGGAAGUGUCCUUGCUCCUCAUGUAGGCCUUUCCACAGCCCUAUCGCUCGGUGUCGGAAGCACUAUGGGUGAUCCAAGUGUGUUAUCUGGAAGUUCUGGUGAUCAACGCCCAGCAUAUCCGCAACCCGACGUUAGCCAAAUGCUUCCUUUCAAGCCAAAGGCCUAUCCGAGAACAGGCAGCCAUCCGGUUGGUGGUGGCGAGUUUCCUCCUCCACCUGCGGCUUCUGCUCUUCUCAGAUUAUUGCCUCCUCCCGAAUGCUUCCAUGGGCCAUUCGUUGAAAUCGACAAAUUUAUGGAACACUUCCUGGAGCUAGAAAUUCCAGAUGAUUACAUGGAAAUCGUGAACGCCGAAUCUGAGGAGCUGAGCAACAGCAUCGAUCCAGGAACCGCCCUAUCGAUCGAGCUAGCAAGCACGGCCAGUUCCACGGCCCCAAUGUUGUUGGCCGCGAGAAAGCGACGCCAGCAGCUAAACAUCGACGUCGCCUCGGGCACAGCAACGCGUCUCGGAGCAACCAACGCAAACCAGCUUAAAGCACGAAAACGGCCUGCCUUGAACGCGUUUGGUGAUUCAGAAGACGAGGCGGACGAGGAGGAUGAUGAUGAUGACGAAGAUGAGCGUGCGGCUGCUUUGUUGACAGGCUCCGCUGUAAUAGGUGGAUCCGAUCUGGUUCGGGCCUCUUUCUCUGGCCCCCUAGAUUUGUAUCGAUUACGCCAAAUACAGCGUGUGAAGUAACUCCUGUUAACCGUCCACGCGGUUUUGUCCAGCUGUACACACGCCCCAUUGUUUUUCCCAGUUGUUUCUCCCACACAUUGCUAAGUUAUG